ACCUGUUUCCUCUCAGCUAACAUUCCUCCGCCGCGGUCCCGCUCUCACCGCCUCCGCUGCCAGCCGAGGCCCUAGCCUCCCGCUCCAACUAUUCCAACCAUCCUGGGGAAGGGUGGGGCGCUAGGCUCCUGGGUCCCCCCUCGGUUGUCCCCCCCCCCGCGCCCCCAUCAUCGGUCUUCCCUUUUGCCCAGGUCCCUCCUUUUCUGGGACGGGGCCAGCCAAUGGGCGACGAGACUCCGGGUUUGGCUUGGGAGCUGGGGAGCUCAAAGAUCCCCCGCCCCACAGUUCUGGCCGCGGUCCCGGGGCGCACGGACGUGGCUCGAGUUUCCUCCGCUCUCCGAGCGCUCUGGUUCUCCCCCCUCCCGCUCUUCCUCCUCUCCCGGUCUCCCGCUCCAGCUUCAGCUGCACCCGGCGGGCCCCGCAACGGCUCCGGGUAGCCAUGGAGGACACCCAGCUCCAUAUCGUCGAGCAGCCGCUUUCCGGGUACCCUGACGCCGAGGACCCGGGGUCCUCCCUCAUGCGGGCGCCGGCGGCGGAGGAGCCGUCGGGGGCCGGCUCCGAGGAGCUGAUCAAAUCGGACCAGGUGAACGGCGUGUUGGUACUGAGCCUUCUGGACAAAAUCAUCGGCGCCGUCGACCAGAUCCAGCUGACCCAAGCCCAGCUGGAGGAGCGGCAGGCGGAGAUGGAGGGCGCCGUGCAGAGCAUCCAGGGGGAGCUGAGCAAGCUGGGCAAGGCGCACGCCACCACCAGCAACACCGUGAGCAAGCUGCUGGAGAAGGUGCGCAAGGUCAGCGUCAACGUGAAGACCGUGCGCGGCAGCCUGGAGCGCCAGGCCGGCCAGAUCAAGAAGCUGGAGGUCAACGAGGCCGAGCUGCUGCGGCGCCGCAACUUUAAAGUUAUGAUCUACCAGGAUGAAGUGAAACUGCCGGCCAAACUGAGCAUCAGCAAGUCGCUGAAAGAGUCGGAUACGCUGCCGGAGAAGGAGGGCGAUGAGCUGGGCGAGGGCGAGCGGCCCGAGGAGGACGUGGCCAUCGAGCUGUCCUCCGACGAGGCGGUGGAGGUGGAGGAGGUGAUCGAGGAGUCGCGCGCCGAGCGCAUCAAGCGCAGCGGCAUGCGGCGCGUGGACGACUUCAAGAAGGCCUUCUCCAAGGAGAAGAUGGAGAAGACCAAGGUGCGCACCCGCGAGAACCUGGAGAAGACCCGCCUCAAGACCAAGGAGAACCUGGAGAAGACGCGGCACACGCUGGAGAAGCGCAUGAACAAGCUGGGCACGCGCCUGGUGCCCACGGAGCGCCGCGAGAAGCUCAAGACCUCCCGAGACAAGCUGCGCAAGUCCUUCACCCCCGACCACGUGGUCUACGCGCGCUCCAAGACGGCCGUCUACAAGGUGCCCCCCUUCACCUUCCACGUCAAGAAGAUCCGCGAGGGCGAGGUGGAGGUGCUGAAGGCCACGGAGAUGGUGGAGGUGGGCAACGACGACGAGGAGGGCGGCGCCGAGCGGGGCGAGGCCCUCGACUUGCUGCGCGGCAGCAGCCCCGACGUGCACACGCUGCUGGAGAUCACCGAGGAGUCGGACGCCGUGCUGGUGGACAAGAGCGACAGCGACUGACCUGACGGGGACGCUUGGGGCUCUGCCCGGGAGGCCUCGCCGCCCCGCCUCUUCUCGCCCGCGCCCUGAUUCCUCCCCCCCCCCUUGAACUUUCUCUUUCGCAUCCUUUCUCGGGGGCCCCAAGCGGGCUGACGACGUAUUUCUAAAUUGAGAACAUCUUCCCCUCAAGGAGCACCCCCCCCCCCAAGUCUUACAGAUGUUAAGACAGGAGAGGUGGUGGUGGUGGGGGGGCAGCCUCCACAAAGAACAGCCCCAGUUUGGGCACAGCCUGGGUGGGAAUGGAAAGGGGAGUGAUCCAUGUUCUGGUUGCUCAAGUUGGGGAUCCUAGCGGGAAAAUGCUAUCAUUUCCACAGCGGGGGGGCCCCCCCUUGGGGCAUGCUGCCUUCCCCUGACUCUCCCCCUCACACAUCCAGCUGCUGUCAUUCCUGCUCACUGAGCUCUUCUUUCUAAUCCUGACCCCUGGAGGCUUCAAAGCCAAAAUUAAUGUAACGGGAAAGAGUGAAGCCUGAAGACCUUUGCGCAUUGGGAGGCCCCAUGCUGGAGGGACUUGAAAGCAGCUUUCGGGAGAAGGUGGCUGUGAAGGAGAGAGGGCAGCGAGUGAGCCAUGAGCCUGGAUGAGGGUCUAGCACAGGCUGUGUCUGCAAAGGGUCCCCAUCAAG